AUGGCUUACAAGAGAAUGCCUUUUGGUCUUUCUAAUGUUGGAUCAACCUUCCAAAAGCCUAUGGAUAUGGUCUUUAAAGGUCUGGUGUAUAAGUUGGUGUUGGUCUAUUUGGAUGACAUAACUAUGUUUUCAAAGAACUUUGAUGAAUAUUUGUCUCAUUUGAAGCAGGAUAAUCAGAGGGAUUGGCACACUAAGUUAAAAUUUGCCUUGUGGGAAAAUAUAAUCACUCUUAAAAGGUCCAUUGGUAACUCACCUUACAAGUUGGUGAAUGGUAAAGAGGCAAGGCUUCCCAUUUCUACCGAGCUUCCUGCACUUGAUCUUGCAAAGGCUCUUGUCAGUUUUGAAGCAAAUUAUCCUAUGGAGGUGAGGUAUUUUAAGUUAUUAGAGGUGCAGGAAUCCAGAGAGAAAGCUACGAAGACAAUGGAGUAUCAAUAA